AUUACCGGUCAUUGAGUCCAUCAAUACAUGUGCUCUGAAUCUGCGGAUCAAUUGAAUCAGUAAAUUGUGAUUAAGUGGUGAAGACAUCGUCGUCAAUAUGCCAUUCGGUGCUCCCCCUCCUCGUAAGUCUGGUGGCAGUGGUUCCAGAGGUUGGGUCCAGAAGAUGAAGACACUAUAUAACGAUCCCUUCCAGUGGCAAUUAGUGAAGAGUUGGCUCUUCUUCGGCGCUGGCAUUAUCAUCGCUCGUGAGAUCGCAGCCAUUGAUUUGUCGCCCAAUCCGUUGGCCACAGUACCACUCUUGCGAUGCGAUCGGGCGGUGAGAUUCUGGAGAGCCGUCGCCGUCGCCGAAGCCAUUCCGGCGGAAGACACGGCCGAAGACGUCGCUCUCGCUCUGGCCGUCGACACCGCCGCCGAUCGCACUCUCACGGCGGCCGACGUCGCAGAAGAAGGAGAAGGAGAUCCCACGGCGGAGAGGAAUGAAGUGUUUGUCAUCUCAAAGAUUCAAAGACUGAAGAUUUAUUUCUGA